AUGAUGCGCCUCAAUGGACGUGGGUCCGAGGGUGUCACUUGUUCAUGUGGUGCAGUAUCGCCUCAAUUCCAAUGCUCUGACUGUCAUGGCACUCAAAUGUUCUGCCGCGAAUGUACACUUCAAAACCACGUAUAUCAUCCUUUGCAUAGGAUUGAGAUAUGGAACAGGUCUUUUUUUCAGUGUAUCACACUCAAACAGCUUGGCGUUCAAGUACAACUUGGCCAUAACCCAGGAGAAAGGUGCUACAAACCUUCUCCCGCUGCUGGUGAUGAUUUUGUGGUCAUCGGGCUCGAUGGCAUUCAUGAAAUUGCACUGGACUUCUGUGGCUGCGCUUCAGCUCAGAUUCAGUACAAACAACUAUUACAUAUGCAGUGGUAUCCAGCCACAGUCUCAGAGCCUCGGACUGCAGCAACCUUUACGGUUCUGCAGCAUUUUCAUAUUCUAUCAUUUGAAAGCAAGGUAUCUGCUUACGAGUUUUAUCACUCCCUCGCAAGGCGCACCGACAAUUCUGGGUAA